AUGUCGAAGAAAGAUACGUCCAAAGGUAAAUCUUCCGCCGGCGAGCUUAAGUCCCAGUUCAAGGACUUUCAGCAGCGGCUGGGGAAGAAAUCUGAUCAGUCGCAGUCGUCUCAGGACCCUGCCACCACCCGUUCGAAGGUUCUUAGCAAGAAGUUGGGCGAGAAAGAGCAAACAUCUGGUGACAAGAUCUGGGAACUAGAAACAGAGAUCAGAACUCUGCGUGAAAACGCUGUGAAAUACCAACAGCUGUAUGAAAAAUCGUCCAAAGAUAAAGCGUCCAAAGAUUCAGAGUUGGAGACUCUGAAAUCUCAAUUGGAAGCAGCACAGGAAAAUUCAUUAAUCAACGAAAAGCAAACUGCUUCCAAGAUUUUGCAGUUGAACAACACUAUCAAGGAGUUGAAACAACGUAAUUCCGAGCUGAACGACGAAAACGAUGAUCUUCACCAAAAAGUUCAAAACUUGUCCACCAAAGAACCGAAACGCGUGUCUUUGCCUCCAGUCAAUAACGAGAAUCUCGAACAUGAUACCUUCGACGAGUCCUCGUUCAUGGAUCCAUCGUUGUCUCCAGUGCGCCAAGUUCACAACAACUCUCGAUUAGAAUCAGAAACCCUUGCAUCCAGUCUUCAGAAAGCGCAAAAGACCAUCUCCAAGCUCAAACAGAACCUGGUGAAAACCAAAGCAGAAAGAGACACUUUGGAAAGAAAACUUGCGGGUGACUCGCCCAAAUCCGCGGUCUUUAAGACUCCAAGCAAAAGACUGUCUGCAGCAGAGUCUGUUGGUUGGGAGGACUACGAUAAAAGUUCCGAGAUCGCUCCGAAGGACUCAGAAUAUUCCAACAUGCAGGUUCUGGGAGAAGAACUUGGCAACCUUUCUGACGAGUACGACGAAAUGGAAACUUCCCAAAUUAGGUACCUUGAGAACUAUGCGUCUCAGCAUGGUAUGAGAUUGGUUCCAGCUUUGACAGAAAAAUCUCCAAAUAAACCCAUCAUCGACGUUUCAACCGGAUUCGAUAUUGUUGCUCUUCCUAACGAUAAGAACGUUCACUCUCCAAUCGAGCAGCUGAAGACGAAAUGCUUAGAGUAUGAUUUGGUUCCCGUUUCCAAGAAAGACUACGAACAAAUGGUGAAGAGAAGCAACUACGAGGAAAUUGACGAGUCAAAGCUGAAAGACUCAAGCUUGAAAAUACUUCCUCUGCUCGAAUACAAAGUGCUGGAAUCGAAGGCUGAUAAGGCCGACUCGGCCGAAACUGAGCUUGGCAAGUUGAAAGCCGAUUUAGAGUCCAAGAGCAAAGAGCACGAACAAAAUAUCAAUUCACUCAAGAAAUCUUUACAGGCUGCACAAACAAAGCUGGAUUCUCCAGACGUGUCCUACAUCAAAGAACUUGCUGGAAAACACAACCUUGUCCUCCUAACCACUGCCGAGAAUGAGUCGAUCAAAUCGCUGAGUACGCCUCGCAGUAGCCCUGUGAAACGCGGGGCUGAUCUUGGCAGCCCUACCAAACGAAAUGGCCCUUCUGUCACAGAUGGAACUGUGGAAAUCGCGGCUUCCACUUUGCGCUCAUUGCAACAAACAGUGGAUAACCCUACAAUCACAUUCCUCUCCAACAAGCUGACCAAAUUAGGAUACAAGGCAUUGCCAGUCAACGAGUACGAGAUUUUGGUUGCAAAAUCCUCUUCGAAUGGUGUAAACGUUUCUCCAAGAAAACAGAAAGCACUGGAGUCCGCAGAGACAGUCGAGUCUCUGAAGAAGAGAUGCGCAGACAGGGGACUGGUGGUGUUGUCCAAGUCUUCCUAUGAGAGCAUUCUCGUUUCGUCAAAGAGAUCUCUCACAUCCGUGGAGCUGAUGGAGCGAGUGGAGAAGUCUGGCAUGGUUGCCUUGAAGAAGGGCGACUACGAUGGAUUACUGGAAACCAUAGAAAUCUUUGGACCCCAAUUCGAGGAGACAGUUGAGAAGAUGAAGAGGUCAGGCCCUCAGCAUAUCAAUAGUUCGGUGAAUGAGUUGAGAUCUUUGGCUGACCAACAAUCUAAGAUUACAACCUCAUACGAGUCCCCUUCUGUUUCAUAUCUCACACAGAAAGCCAGAGAUGCUGGCUAUCAUUUGCUGAACGAGAAAGAAUUUAAGGCCAAGAAGGUUGAACCAACUCUCGAUGAUUGCAGAAAAAUUGCAAAGAAGAACGACCAUGUUUUAUUGGAGAGCAAAGAGCACGAAGAGCUGGUCUCGCACAAAGAAAAGUCUUCUAAGCCUUCGCACGAGUACGUUUCGAAAUUGGCCGCAGUUGCAGGUCUGACUGUUUUGGGUGCUGGCGAGGCGAAGAAGUUAUCCAGACCAUCCAAGUCGCAAUUGACUGAGUUUGCUAAGCAACAGUCUCUUGUGCUCGUGGACCAAAACGAGUACGGCAAGCUCAAGAGCACGAGCGACCAGGUUGCGGAGCUUGCUCCAAGAUUGAAAGAGCUUGAAUCCAAAAACAAGCAGCUCCAGUCAGAGCUUCAAUCACCAGAUACUCAGUACCUCAUUAGUGCUGCUGAAAAAUCUGGGCACGUUUUGAUUCCGGUGGAUCAGAAUAAUAAGACGCAGAAGCAGCUGGAGAAACUCGAUUCUCUGGUCAAGGAGGUCACGAAGUUGAAAGCAGAGGUUCAGGAAAAGACUGAGAAAAUCAAGAAAACGCAAACUGCUGGAUACGUGAAGUCCCAGGCGUCAAAGCAUAGUCUGAUUGCAAUUCCUGUUGCCGACAAGCAAAAGCUGGAAGCUCAGCUGGAGCAAGUUCAGAAACAGCUUUCUGAUAAGGACAAUGAGCUGAAAUCUAAAGACAAAGCGCUUCAGGAUUCCUCAAGGCAGGUGAAGGAUAUGAAGGGACAACUGGAUGCCUCGAAACGCGCAUCUAUUUCGCUUGGUGCAGCUAAAUCCGUGAUCACCAAGAACGGACUGGUUUGUCUGACAAAAUCAGAAGUGGACGCUUUGAAAGCUAAACGGGAGUCUGUCUACGAAGACGCUUCCGAGAAGCUCGAGACUUCCGUUGUUAGCAAAGCUGAUCUUGAAAGACGUGCAUCCGAGCUCGGAUUUGUGGUUUUACCAUGGGACAGCAAGUCCGGUGAUAAAUCUGCUACCGACGUAGACAAGUUGAAGAAGAUCGCCAAGAACCUUGGACUGGAAACGAUAGAGCCAUCGAAGCUGGAACAACUGCAACGACCAAAGGAGGCCAAGGUGGAUACCACCAAACUGCGCGAACUGGCCAAGAACCUUGGUGUUGAGGUUGUUGAUCCUAAGGCUGCUCCUAACAAAAGCGACGUUCAAAAAUCUGCAUCGCGACUGGGCCUGAAACUGCUGAGCUCGUCUGAGAUUGAAUCCUUGAAGAAACGUCCAAUAAGUUCGCAAGACCUGGCCAACAAGGCCGCUGAGCUGAAGCUAAAGCUCGUUCCCGAGGACGAGGAGCCAAAGACAGAUUUGAGGCAGCUAUCCAAGGAGAAGGGAUACAUGCUGAUUCCCGAGUCGAAAUUCAUUGCUACCACAGUUUCGCGAACCGUGGACGAGUCCAACGUUGUUGUGCUUCCGUCCACGUACUACAACAAGCUGAUCCGGAGCCAUGGCUGGUACAAGAACCACAAGACAGAGAUUGAGGGAUUGGAGAAACACGUUGGUGGAGAAGGAGACGAGCCAAGCGUUUUCUCAGCAGAGGUGGUCAAGACUCCGCCGGCCCAAAUCAAUCUUGCACGCCAUGCUACCAAGACGUCUCUACACACAUCGGCCUCUCUGGGCUUCUCGAACCAGGAGAUGAUUGCAGCAAUUACCCAAACCAUCAUUGGAGAGUAUUUGUUCAAGUACUACCGCAAACUGGGACCAUUGUCUUCUCUUUCCGAGACGAGACACGAGAGGUACUUCUGGAUCCAUCCAUACAGUCUCACCUUGUACUGGUCUGCUACCAAUCCUAUUCUUGGUGACCCGUCAGAGAACAAGAUCCGUGCCCUGGCCAUCUCGAGCGUGGAGUCUGUCGACGACAGCAACCCGCUGCCUCCAGGACUGUUCCACAAGAGCAUCAUUGUCCAUUCGACGGAAAGAUCCAUCAAGAUCACCUGUCAAUCGCAGAAACGCCACAACAUCUGGUUCAACUCGCUCAAGUAUUUGAUUGAGCGCAGUUUGGACGAGAACCUCAAUUUCGACGCAGAGAAUCAAUACGACGUUUCGUUUGCGGUGGACGACCGUGUGGAGCAUGAACGAGCAGCACACGGCCACCCGGUGAUGUCUUCGAAGAACCUCACGACAAAAGGACUCUUCAACAGCCUGAUGACCAAAUAG